AUGUUAGCCUUUUGCUUCAAAUUAAUUUCACAUAAAAAUACACUUGUUGAAUUUUGUAAAUUAAACAGUGAUACAGCCGAUUCUGUUCUUCGUGAUAUUUUGAAACGUAAAUGGGGUCUGAAACCACCUACCCUUAUCAUUACUGUUUUUGGUACAGAUUUUGAAAAGAAAAGAAAAUUAAAAAUGAUAUUUAAAAAAGGUCUUUGGAAGGCUGCUGAAAGUGGUUGUUGGAUUGUAACUGGUGGUUUUCAUUUGGGUGUAAUGAAGCUGACUGGUGAAGCUGUACGUGAUUAUACAGAUGCCUAUGGUGGCAAUAGAAUGAUGGCAUUCGGUGUAGCAAGUUGGGAUUGUGUAACAAAGAAUGAAAUCCUUGAAGCAGCAUUACAUGAGAAAAGUGAUAUACAUUUAACCAGUCACUGA